GCUCAAUGUCCAUGGUCAUUCAUCAAUGUAUCAAGUGUCAAAUUUCGAAAAAUCGGGUGCAUCGCAGACAAGACCGUUCCAACCCGAGUCUACACUACGUGAGCUAGUUGCUAGUUACCAGUUAGUGAGCUCCCGCGCCUGCAACCUCGUUUCACCUCCCUCCACUUCCUUCCCUUCCCCCCUCCUUGCGGAUCGGCUUUCCCCUUUUCUUUUUUUUUUUCUUCUUCUCUAUCUUCGCCCUCAGACUCGGAACCCGACUCUGCUCCCUCGGGGCUCUCCUUUCGAUCACGCGCUGCUCCCUUGUGUUCCCCAUCCCGAAGCUUGACCCGGGUUGAUGCAACUGCCUCCAGCCUCUACCGCCCAGCCUUCUCCUCAUCUCGACCAACCCGACUGUCUCCCCGCAGAAAUCUGAAUCGAACCUCCCUCCUUUAUCUUUUCCUCCAGCUUCGAUCCAAUCGCCUUCGCGGCCCUGAUGCGGGCCUGUUGAGGACGGCAUGAGUGGAAUCGUCACCACCUGUCUGUCGUGCCUGUCGGCGGUCGACCAAUGGUGUCAUAUCACGGCCUGCCUGGGUGGAGGGCGUUCUCGGGAUGGCAUCUACGAAACCACCCUUGCCGAUAAUGAACGAGAAGCCGUGUCGGAUUUGUUGGGUUAUCUUGAGAAUCGCGCCGAAACUGAUUUCUUCGCCGGAGAACCCCUGCGCGCCCUGAGUACUCUAGUAUAUUCGGACAACGUCGAUCUUCAGCGAAGCGCUAGCUUGACCUUUGCUGAAAUCACCGAACGAGAUGUGCGCGAAGUCGAUCGGGAUACUCUCGAACCCAUCCUGUUCCUACUCCAGAGCUCGGAUAUUGAAGUGCAGCGAGCUGCGAGUGCGGCGCUGGGAAAUCUUGCCGUCAAUGCUGAGAACAAAGUCUUGAUCGUCGCCCUCGGAGGGCUGGCCCCUCUGAUCCGUCAAAUGAUGUCGCCCAACGUCGAAGUCCAGUGCAAUGCCGUCGGUUGUAUCACCAACCUGGCCACCCACGAAGAGAACAAGGCCAAGAUCGCUCGCUCAGGGGCGUUGGGCCCUCUGAUCCGUCUCGCCAAGUCGAAGGAUAUGCGUGUGCAGCGCAAUGCGACCGGCGCAUUGCUUAACAUGACCCAUUCUGAUGAUAAUCGCCAACAGCUCGUGAACGCCGGUGCCAUCCCUGUCUUGGUUCAUCUCCUUUCAUCACCCGAUGUCGACGUGCAAUACUACUGCACCACGGCUCUCAGCAACAUCGCCGUAGACUCGACCAACCGCAAGCGUUUGGCCCAAACCGAGUCGCGCCUGGUUCAGUCUUUGGUUCAUCUCAUGGACUCCUCCACCCCCAAAGUCCAAUGUCAAGCGGCACUCGCUCUUCGCAAUCUCGCUUCCGAUGAGAAGUAUCAACUGGAGAUUGUUCGCGCCAAGGGCCUCUCUCCAUUACUACGACUUCUGCAAUCCUCUUACCUCCCUCUCAUUCUCUCCGCCGUGGCAUGUAUCCGCAAUAUCUCCAUCCAUCCGCUCAAUGAGUCUCCCAUCAUUGAAGCCGGCUUCCUGAAGCCGCUAGUCGACCUUCUGGGUUCGACCGACAAUGAAGAAAUCCAAUGCCAUGCCAUCUCCACCCUUCGCAACCUUGCCGCUAGCUCCGAUCGCAACAAGGAGCUGGUUUUGCAGGCUGGGGCAGUUCAGAAAUGCAAGGAUCUCGUUCUUCGCGUCCCACUGACCGUCCAAUCCGAAAUGACCGCUGCGAUCGCUGUGCUGGCCCUCAGCGAUGAUCUCAAGCCUCAUCUUCUCAACCUCGGCGUAUUCGACGUCUUGAUUCCACUGACAAACUCGGAAAGUAUUGAAGUACAAGGGAACAGCGCGGCUGCUCUUGGUAAUCUGUCCUCUAAGGUCGGCGAUUACUCAAUCUUUGUCCGUGACUGGGCUGAUCCCAAUGGAGGAAUCCACGGCUACCUUCAUCGAUUCCUCGCCAGUGGUGAUCCUACAUUCCAACACAUCGCGAUUUGGACUCUGCUACAGCUCCUCGAAUCUGAAGAUCAGAAACUAAUUGGAUACAUAUCCAAGUCCGAGGAUGUGGUGCAGAUGGUCAAGUCCAUCUCCGACAAGAAUAUUGAGUCUGACGAGGAGGAUGCGGAUGACGGUGAAGGGGAAGUAAUUGCCCUUGCCCGGCGCUGCCUGGAGUUGCUCGGGACCGGUCCUAAGCAGACCUUGGUUGAGGCAUAAGCCCGCCAUUAGUUCGUUUUUUUCUCACGUGUGCGACAAUUUACCCUUUUCGGACCUUUGGCUUCUCCAAAUUCCUUCGUCUAGUUCCUCACUUUACCGUUCCUUGGGUGUUCAUCUGGGCAUUGGAUUCACCGAAUUCUGCUUUUUUUUUGUCAGCGGGCAUUUGGCGUGUCUAGGGCCGUUUCUAUUUUCUUUCUUUACGUGAUACUUUUCUUCAGUACGAGUUUUCUUCCAUGACCAUGGCCAUGGAUUUUUGGGCCGGUGCCGCUGUGUCUUCCUUGUUUUUACGCAUACACCGUGUAUUCAUGCUAGAUAUGGGGCCUUUGUCAUAAUUAAUCAGUCCGCUGUGCAUAGCGAGUCCGGAAUUCAAUUAGCUAGAAUAGUCGUAGUUUAUUAUGUCCAGGU